AUGGCGCGAUAUGGCAUCCGCUUCAUUCUUCUGUUUGAGGAUGCUGAGGCUCUCGCAGACUACACAGAGAGUCUGCUCCAUUUUCAAGAUCACUUCUACCAGAAGGAGAUGAAGUUGCAGGAUGAGGUCGACCAGCAGAAGAAAGCACUGUUAACCCUGCAGGACAAGCACAACUUGGUGGUAAUGCAGAAAAACAGUCUGCUGUCUCAGCUCCAGACCGAGCUCGAGAAGACUCAGGCCGAAGCUCUCACAUGGGAACAAAAGUGGAACCACAUUCAGGAAACAGCUGCAAAGAAGACACUACAACUGGGAAAGAUUAAGAUGGCGAUACUAAACCUCUAUGAAAUGACAGCAGGUGCCAUAGGAGAAAAGGAAGGAGUUGAUAUGAAUGACACAGAGACGCAGCUGAACAAGCUGCAGAUGUUCUCUGAGGAUGAAAAUGACAUACUGAAACAAUAUCAAGCCAGACUUCAAGCCAGCGAUGGAAAGAAGCCAAACACGAACAAAGGGAACACGAAACCCAGGAAAAAAUGAACGCAUAUUCCGUUUCUUGGCAUACCGAAUCAUUUAUUACUUCAAAUAAAGGUUGAAAAUGUUGAGGUU